AUGGUCAAGGUUCAAGAAGCUAUUCACCAUGGCAUGAUUGCCGCAGAUUUUCUUUCAAACACUAAACGAGUUGUCCAGGCUAUCGAGCUGUGGAACGAGUGCUUAAUACUACUAAACAACACAACCUUAGAAAACGAACAUGAACUUGCCACAAUAGUGCGUAUAGCGCUGAACAAGAGGCUGUUUUAUGGAAAUGCUGCUAUUACGAAACUUUCACCAGCUAUAGAAUCUGGCAAAAAGCUUUUAGUCCUACUUCGUAAUCUUAGGAGAAAAAAAGAAGAAGGUAACACAGCCUUGAUGUUAUCAAAACUGUACUUCCAAAAAAGUGAUUACCAGGAAGCACAAGCAGUCCUCAAAAUUGCACUCUGCGUUUACAAAGAAAUCGAAGACAAAGACGGAGAAGCGUCAUACUACGGAAACCUAGGAAAUGUGUUUGAAUCUGUCGGAGAAUAUGCCAAGGCUGAAGAAUAUCUUCAUAAAGCACUUACCAUCAACACAGAAAUUGGCAACAGAAAGGGAGAAGCGUCAUGCUACGGAAACCUAGGAGUUGUGUUUGCAAAUGUAGGAGAAUAUGGCAAGGCUGAAGAAUAUCUUCAUAAAGCACUUACCAUCAAGACAGAAAUUGGCGACAGAAUCGGAGAAGCGACAUGCUACGAAAACCUAGGAGCUGUGUUUCUAUCUGUCGGAGAAUAUGGCAAGACUGAAGAAUAUCUUCAUAAAGCACUUACCAUCAACACAGAAAUUGGCGACAGAAACGGAAAAGCGUCAUGCUACGGAAUCCUAGGAAAUGUGUUUCAAUCUGUCGGAGAAUAUGCCAAGACUGAAGAAUAUCUUCAUAAAGCACUUACCAUCAACACAGAAAUUGGCGACAGAGAGGGAGAAGCGUCAUGCUACGGAAACCUGGGAGCUGUGUUUGCAAAUGUAGGAGAAUAUGGCAAGGCUGAAGAAUAUCUUCAUAAAGCACUUACCAUCGACACAGAAAUUGGCGACAGAAGGGAAGAAGCGACAUGCUACGGAAACCUAGGAAAUGUGUUUGAAUCUGUCGGAGAAUAUGCCAAGGCUGAAGAAUAUCUUCAUAAAGCACUUACCAUCAACACAGAAAUUGGCGACAGAAACGGAGAAGCGUCAUGCUACAUAAACCUAGGAGUUGUGUUUGAAUCUGUCGGAGAAUAUGGCAAGGUUGAAGAAUAUCUUCAUAAAGCACUUACCAUCAAGACAGAAAUUGGCGACAGAAACGGAGAGGCGACAUGCUACGAAAACCUAGGAAAUGUGUUUCUAUCUGUCGGAGAAUAUGCCAAAGUUGAAGAAUAUCUUCAUAAAGCACUUACCAUCAACACAGAAAUUGGCAACAGAAAGGGAGAAGCGUCAUGCUACGGAAACCUGGGAGCUCUGUUUGUACAUGUAGGAGAAUAUGCCAAGGCUGAAGAAAAUCUUCAUACAGCACUUACCACCAACACAGAAAUUGGCGACAAAGACGGAGAAGCGUCUCGCUACCUAAAGCUAGCAAACACAUCUCAAGCCUUAUCGGAUCUCUGGUCAAGCAUUCAAAUUUACGAAAAAAUGCUUACUUCUCUAGGAAGCAAAGAUAGCCACAAUAUAUCAUUUUUUGACAAGAACGCGUCUCCCUAUCGGCUGUUUUGUUCAUUGAGUUGUUCUUGUGGGUAACCCUAUGAAGCUUUACACGCUGCUGAACUCGGACGGGCCAGAGCUCUAGCAGAACUUAUGUCAAAUCGCUACUCCAUUGAAAAAGAAAUAUCCAUCAACCCACAAUCGUUUGUUGGCAUCGCGGAAGUAAUUAAGAAAAAUGGCAACAGCACCUGCCUCUACAUCUCCUAUGACUACGAUGACAAUAUAUUUUUGUGGGUUUUGAAACAAAACAAACCGGUAGCUUUCCGAAGAACGAAACUUUGUGAAAGCUAUGUUAGCAAGCAUGGCAAAAUCUCUGUGUAUGACCUGUUUGGAAACGAAAGCUUAUUAAGAAAAUUUCACGUUUUACCUCAAGAGCAAUGCGAAGACCGAUCACUCUUCUCUUCAUUCGCCAACCAACUUACAAACGAAUCAAAUCUGGAAGAUAGUCUCUCAACCUCGCGUCCUCCUUUAGAUGAGGGAGAAGUAUACACGGACCCUGAACCGCCAACACUUUUUCAGGUUUACAACAUGUUGAUUGCUCCCGUGAGUGACUUGCUAGAAGGAUCUGAAAUCAUUGUUGUUCCUGAUCGCUGCUUCUUCCAAGUUCCGUUUGCAGCAUUACACGAUGAAAGUAGCCGCUAUUUAUCAGAUUCUUUCAGGAUACGAAUUGUCCCUUCUUUGACGACUCUCAAGCUUAUUCUGGACAGUCCAGCCGACUCUCACAGCGAAACUGGUGCAUUGAUUGUGGGUGAGCCAAGAGUGACGGAUGUGUAUUUCAAGGGAGUGUUAAGGUAUCUCUGUCCAUUGCCUGGCGCGAAAGGGGAAGCAGAGAUGAUUGCGAGACUACUACCUGAAUCUCACCUUUUAAUAGGAGAGCAAGCAACAAAGCAGGCUGUUCUUCAGAGAAUACCCUCAGUGAGCCUCGUACAUUUCGCUGCUCAUGGUGAUGCCGAAAGAGGAGAAAUUGCUCUUACCCCCGCUGACUCCACAGUGGAGUUUCCACACGAAGCAGACUACUUACUGUCAAUGACCGACAUUUCACAAGUUAGACUGUCAGCCAAACUGGUGGUCCUUAGUUGUUGCCAUACCGCACGUGGACAGAUCAAAACAGAAGGCGUUGUUGGAAUCGCUCGAGCAUUCUUAGGAUCGGGUGCACGCUCAGUGUUGGUGGCAUUGUGGGCCUUACAAGACAGAGCAACAGAGGAGUUCAUGGGAAGAUUCAACGAAAACCUUGUCCAAGGGAAAAGUGCAAGCGAAAGUCUUCACCGAGCCAUGAAGUGGAUGCGAAAUAACGGUUUCUCAGAAGUGAGGCAGUGGGCACCUUUCAUGCUGAUUGGGGAUGAUGUGUCAUUUCACUUUGGUGAAGAAAAGUGA